AUGCCAUACGCGAAUCAAUCGAUUGCUACUGUAACGUCUUACAAUGACGAGGUUUUUAAAUUCACUCUUGAGGACACAGAUUUAAGCGUGGCUAAUGCCAUCCGGCGUGUGUGUAUUGCUGAGGUACCCACCCUUGCUAUCGACUGGGUGCAGCUGGAGGAGAACAAUACUAUGCUCAAUGAUGAGUUCAUCGCUCAGCGAAUCGGCCUAAUUCCCCUCACUUCGGAUGACGUGGUUGACAAAAUGUCAUACUUUCGCGAGUGCACCUGCCGUGAUUUCUGCAAAGAAUGUUCGGUGGAGUUGACUCUCGAUGUUAGCUGCACUGAUGACACGCCUCGUCAUGUUACUGGUGCAGAUUUAAUCACCAGCAAUCCCGAUGUUCGUCCUGUGCCCUGCCGUGAUGAAAGUAAUGAAUCCGCGCUUUAUGCUGGACAGCAGGAGUCCAUUCUCAUCGUGAAGAUGCGUAAGGGUCAGCGGCUGAAAUUGCGUGCCUUUGCAAAGAAGGGUUUUGGCAAGGAACACGCCAAAUGGAACCCCACAGCAGGCGUGGGCUUUGAGUACGAUCCUGACAAUGCUUUACGCCACACCUUCCUUCAGAAACCUGAGGACUGGCCGCGUUCUGAGUAUUCUCAAUUGCCUAAGGAUUCGGACCAAUCGCAGGCGCCUUACGACCCCUUCGGCAAGGCAAGUCUACGCCUUAAUGCAAUUUUAUAUAAACUUAUCAUUUUCCUCUUUUAUAUUUUAUCCGGAAUCCCAUCCAAGUUCUUCUUUACGAUCGAGUCGUGCGGUUCACUGAAGGCAAAGAAUAUUGUAUUCUCGGCAUUGCGAGUUUUGAAAGAGAAGUUGACAACGCUACACGAAAACCUUCCACCUGAAUGA